AUGCUCAUAUCGGAGAAGAAUCGCCGCGAUGUCUCCAAGUACCUCUUCAAAGAGGGAGUGUUGUUUGCUAAAAAGGAUUUCAACUUGGCGCAACACCCACUGAUCGAAGGAGUUGCGAAUCUGCAAGUGAUCAAGCUGAUGCAGAGCUUCAAGUCCAAGGAGUACGUGAGAGAGACAUUCGCGUGGAUGCAUUACUACUGGUUCCUCACAGACCAAGGCAUUGACUUUCUGAGGACUUACCUCAAUCUCCCUUCAGAGAUUGUUCCCGCCACUUUGAACAAGCAACAGAAGCCUCUUGGUCGUCCCAUGGGAGGCCCUCCUGGUGACCGUCCCCGUGGCCCGGGAGAGAGGAGGUUUGGUGACAGAGAUGGAUACCGUGGAGGACCGAGAUCAGGUGGAGAGUUGGGUGACAAGAGUGGAGCUCCUGCUGAUUACAAUCCUUCUUUCAGGGCUCCUGGGGCUGGAGCAAGGCCUGGGUUUGGCCGUGGAGCUGGUAGCUACGGUGGAGGAGCUGGUCCAGCUGCUGAAAACUAA